AUGCGCGAGGUGAGGUCGUUCCUGCAAGUUGCAACAAGCUCUGAUGGAUCGCCCAUCCUUCAACGUAGAAGAACUGGAGACUGCAGAAAAAGCGAAAAAGGCAAGUCGAAGCCACCGCUUAAAUCAUCGACGCAUAAGGACUCCCUUGUCGUCGCAGCAGCCCCGAAGACGAAGCGGGGAAAGGAGAUGGCAAUCCUGCUAGAUUGUAGAUUGGAUGUCUGCAGACAGAGCCGACUAUCACAGGCGCAACGACAGUUCAAACGUAUGACGAAAGCGGAGUGGUCGAAAAUGAUCGAAGUCGACAAACCCCCUCUUAGACAACCUCGCCUUGCCUCGCCACACCGCUGCGUGUUCCGAAGGGCGCUGAGGCAAGAUGUCACCUAUGCCGCUGCCCUAAAGGAAACUCGUGCCAAAGUGGAUUUGAAGGAGGCCGAGGGCGUUAAGUUCCACCCCGCCGCCACGGGAGCUACCAUGCUGGAUGACUCUGUCACUAUACUAAUAAACUGCGCGAGGCCAUCGCGGGCCAUUGUGAAGUAA